UCAUUUACGGCAAGCUGUGCAGGGCACAUGUGGUACAGAGUCGACAGCGUGUUGAUCAUUCAUAUUCCAACCGCACAACUUUAAAGGAUCUCCAUUAUGUCUUUCCGUGGUGGCGGCGGUGGUCGAGGAGGGGGUUUUAACAGAGGUGGUGGUCGUGGAGGCGGAUUCGGAGGUGGUCGUGGAGGUGGAUUCGGAGGUGGUCGUGGAGGUGGAUUUGGUGGUGGUCGAGGAGGCAGAGGUGGAUUUAACAGAAACCAAGACUACGGCCCACCCGAAUAUGUUGUCGCACUGGGGGAGUUCAUGCACCCCUGUGAGGAUGAGAUUGUCUGUAAAUGUGUGACAGAGGAGAACAAAGUCCCAUACUUCAAUGCUCCUGUAUAUCUGGAAAACAAAGAACAGAUUGGAAAGGUGGACGAGAUCUUUGGGCAGCUGCGUGAUUUUUAUUUUUCAGUCAAACUCUCUGAUAAUAUGAAGGCAUCCUCAUUCAAGAAGCUACAGAAGUUCUACAUUGACCCCAUGAAGCUGCUACCCCUGCAGAGGUUCCUGCCCAGGCCUCCGGGUGAGAAAGGGCCACCUCGUGGAGGGAGAGGAGGCGGCGGCAGAGGUGGGAGAGGAGGUGGCUUCCGUGGAGGUCGCGGUGCCAACGGUGGAGGUCGUGGAGGAUUUGGUGGGCGCGGAGGAGGAUUUGGUGGACGUGGAGGUGGCGGUGGAGGAUUCAGAGGAGGCAGAGGUGGAGGCGGUGGACGUGGAUUCAGAGGUGGAAGAUGAUGAAUGUCUCGCAGGAUGGGAUCUGUCCUUUCAUUGGCUGAUAAGACCUUCAUUGAGAAGUCAGAAGCAGCAGCGUGUGAGGCCAACCAAAGUCUUUAGACUGCUAAUUGACUCUUCUCUUGUACAGCUGAACUUUUUACUUCGUUUUGUACCAUACAUGUAUUUUCUCAGCAGUGGACUUUUGUUUUUAUUUGGUAUACUGAUAGGGCUAAUGUUUUAGGCUAAUGUUCGCAUAUCUGUGUACAAGAGGACGGGUGUUUCCACAACCUUGACUGGUUGGUUUGCAUCAACUUAUGUUUUUACAGUUACUUGACGUUGGACAAGUAGUAACUUGAACAGCACCAGGAUUAUGAUAUGUGAAGCCAACUUCACAGAUUACAAUGUAAAAACAUUUAAUUUUUGGUUUGAUGAAUGUCUACAUUUAAAAACAUUGCCAUUUUGUUUGUUGAACUUCAGAUGCCUCCAUGGACUUAAUAAAUUCUGUGGUUUAUUUACAACA